UCAGAAUUAUCGCAACAACCUACAACGACAUCGACGACCAACCCCACGAUGCCAGACCUCUCACUCCUCACGGCGCUUUUGCCAUCAGACCCCUCUCUACUCCCUAUACUCCGCUCCCAGUCGACAUUCACCCGACCCUCAAACUCGUCUACCUCGGAGGUCCACAAGUUUCUGAACAAGCUCGGAUCGUUCGUCUGCGUGCCCGUCCUCCCCGGGAACGGCAAGUCGGUGGCUGGCUCGACCGCUUCCAAUGCGAAUACAACUGCGGGUAGGGAAGAAUGGGCGAGGAGACGGGACGCCUGGGGUGUAGCUAGGGUGGUCAUCGAGAUGGAUCUGGAGGGUUACGUCUUGGGAGGAGGUUGGGGAAAGACUUGGUUGUUGAACCUGCUCGGAGCCAUCAACAGCAACACCAUCCCACCUCACUCCCUCUCUCAGCUCCUGCCCCUCUUGACGACUUUGCACACCCACUCCUCCCUCUCUCCCACAUAUCAUCGGACCACCUCCACCCCGAAUCUCUUGAAGACAUCGCAAGCGAUCGUCUCUACCCUCAAGAGGACUCUUCACCCCCACCCCGCUUCGGAUAAGGACAAAGAUGCCCAUACAGCACCCGAUGGCCGACUCGUUCUGGCCUGCCUCACAGCCUUGCCACACCUGAUCGCGCAAAACCCCACUCCGCAUCGACCCCUCCUCCCGACCCUUCUUCCUCUGCUCCAUUCUUUGCUCCUCUCUCCACCUACACCUUCACCAGCGUCUUUGCCUGGAGUCGACAAGCGAUUGCGUGAAGCCACGUCGAACCUCUUGGCCAGAUUACACACCUUGUCAGGAAAGGUCGCUGCGGGGAACGUAUUUCGCGGAGAUAUCAGCGGGAUGAUCAGGGAGUCCGAAGGGAUCCUCUCUGUCCUCUUUGACGCGCUGUAUAUCCACCAUCAGGGAUCCGCGGCAUCCCGGGGGAACCAAAACCAAGCCGGACAGAAAUCCAACUCCAACUCGGCGGGAGGGUUGUUGUUACCAGUAACAGCCUCUCAGCCCGUCUUGCCCGGUGUAUCCGGCGCAGAGAGCUCGAUGUCGGGCACGGUAGGCGACCAGACGAAAGAGCUGGGAGGGCGAGUGAGGGCGUUGGGGAGGUGUUUGGACGGGUGGGUGGCAGGGAUCUUGGGCUUGCUCAGGUUCGACACGGCCCGGCCGGUCGGCUUACCCCUCGGUUCCCUGAUCGCACUCGGGUUGAAGUGCCUCUCGAUCACAUCGGAUACUCUGUUGGAAGGUACCCUGGAUUUGGAGACCAGAGCGUUGGGUAUGCAGAUGAAACGUAGAUUGUGGAGUUGCGGGAUGAAAUUGCUCGGAGGGGUCGUCAUCGCCGCGGGAGAUCACGUCUUGCCGAACGUAGGGCUGAUCCUGGACAAGAGCGUCUUUUUGCUCGAGAGCUUGCCGAAAUCCGAUCACUCGACCCGGAUCGCCUUGUUCAAAUUCCACACCGUCCUCCUUUCCAAUCUUCAGCUAGACCCGUCUUCCUCCAGCUUCCAUUCGAGACUGAUGAAACAGGCGCUCGGUUCAGCUUCUCUGGUACUGGAUACCAAGACGCCGGUGAUGGCCAGUUCGCAAGGUAAAGAGUCGAACAUGAACGCAGACGCGUUGGGCAAGAAGGGCAAGAAGAGGGCUAGGGGUGCAGGGGAAGAGGUCGUCGUCGCAGGAAUUGAGGGGAGAGGCGGGAAAGGUCUUUCUAGACUCGAGGGGGAGGUCGUCUUGAGCGCGUUGCGAUUGAUCAAGAUUAUGCACCAUCACCCGUCGAUCCCACCUCACCUGCUCGCUCUCUCGAUCAGGAUCCAUCUGUCCAUCACCCACACGCUCGAAUGCAAGACCGCUGCCGCCGUUUCUCAGCAAGACCUUGGGUUGGCAAUCAGGCUGUCUGAAGCCGUAGCGGAUAGUCUGGAGGAUGCCAUCACGAUCGAGGGAAGUGGGGUUAGGCAAGGAUGGAUUGGAUCGAUUGUCAAGCAAGAGGCAAUGGCCCGAUCGAGUCUCUUGCCUCUCGUGUUGCAUCCCACCGCUCCGCCACUCUCUCGACCUCUUCCGCCUGUGUCGACUCUGGCCUUCUACGCUGUUGAUGACGAGGAAGAAGAAGCGCUGCGCAAGGAAAUUGGGCUGCGAACUGCCGAGGAAGCAGAGCAGCUGGUUGAGGAUAUCAAUAACGGCGUCUUCAACGGCGACGACAGUCAGGAAGAUGAGGAGAUCGCGAGAUCAUACAAGCGCGUGGCUAUAGGCAAUUCUAACUCGGUGACAAGAUCGACGGAUUUCCCUGUUCAGGCGGUCAGGUCGACCGUAUCGACAACGGCCAACAGCGUGUUCGGAUCGUCCGCACAUGUUGCUACUGCUGCGACCCAGACUGCGCUUGUGGAGAACAAGACGGUUGUACCUCUCUCGGUUCCUCCGACCGACGCGUCGUCCGUCGCGGUGGUGGUACCGCCUGUUCUAGAAACUGCCAACACGCACCAGCCGACUCAGGUCGGCGUCAAAGACGACGCCGACGUCGCAGCCGCAGCGAUGGCGGAGCCGUUCAGUUCAGUCACCGCAGAUCUCCCCGCUCGGGUCAUCGACGCUGAAACGGUUUCCGAAACGGCGGCCAUGGCAGAACCGAUCGGUGAAGAUGUUGAUGCUAUCCCGGAGAUCAAUCUCGACAGCGACUCAGAUGAAGAAGACGAGGAUAUGUCCCAGUAGACAUAGUUGUACACCA